AUGGGUUAUGAAACGCUUGUUGAAGCGGGUUAUGCACCUGAAAUGGCUUAUUUCGAAUGCUUGCACGAACUUAAAUUAAUCGUUGAUUUAAUGUUUGAAGGCGGUAUUGCGGACAUGAACUAUUCAGUAUCUAACAAUGCUGAAUACGGUGAAUAUGUGACUGGCGUUGAAGUGAUCAACGAGCAAUCACGUGAAGCGAUGCGUAAUGCACUUAAACGUAUCCAAUCAGGUGAAUAUGCGAAGAUGUUCAUCCAAGAGGGUGCAUUGAACUAUCCAUCUAUGACAGCUCGUCGCCGUCAAAACGCAGCUCACGGUAUUGAAGUGACUGGCGGUAAAUUGCGCGCGAUGAUGCCUUGGAUUCAAGCCAACAAAAUCGUAGAUAAAGAAAAGAACUAA